GGGGGAGCUAAUGUUAAUGCUAAAGGUUAUGUUGGAAAGACUCCUCUCCAUAUAGCUGUAAGUGAGGGUUGUGUGCAUGGUACAAUUACUAGUGUAUAGCUGUUGCCUUUUGAAUUUUGUUUAUUAUGAUUUGAAAAAAAUUCCAGUUAAAAAAGAAAAACAUGAGAAACCACUGAGAGAAUUAACAUCUUGUGAACGUCAGCCACCCAUGGAAAAAUCGUUCAAACUCAGUAGGUGUAGAUAACUUUUAUCCAGCAGAAUUUUUGGUUUAAAAUACAGUCAUGAGUUUGCUAAAGGGAAAUGUGUUCCAAUGGAAUGUUGCGGGCUACACAUUGGGAAUAUCACUCCUUGUGAUUACCCUAAACCCUGCCAGCACCAAGAAAAUAUUUUUUUCACUUAGGAAAAAUCUCCAGCAAAAUAAAAUGUCAACAUAGUAUUUUCAAGUUACGAUCUGUAUUGACUGGUUUAACAAAAAAUGGAUAUCUGAAUGUAGCCAGAAGAAUUCUGCUUCAGUGUUUACCAAUAUGGAAACUUUUAAUGAAUUCAUUUUAUUAAACAGGCUUCCCAUGGAUAUGAAAAAUCAUCUGGAACCUUGCUGGAUCAUGGUGCUGAUGUGACAAUCACUGAUGACAAUGGUAUGUACAGCUGUGUGUGCAGAAAUCAGGGAAAUUGAGUUUCACUUGUAAUUUAAUGCAAAAUUGUCGCUUCAGUGAUUCCCUCGAGAUGUCAGACUCUCUUCUCUCAAGAUGAGAUACUUGUCUUGUCUCCGCGUGUCUGGCGAGAAAUGAAAGGAGACUGGUAACUUGCCUUUCAGCUGUACUGUGUGUAAUGGGUGGAUGUGUGACGUGGUGGGCUAAUGGUUAAUGUAAUAAUGUAUGGUACUUAGAUCUACACAAGACAUUGGUGGAUUUGAAACUUUGCCUUGCCAAUUAAUCCAAUGCUGAUGAUUAUUAUUAGUACAUGUGUAGGAGUACUGGUACUAAUAAUGUUUCUGUUUUGUUUUUUCUUUUUAUUUAGGUCUCUCACCCGUAGAUGUAGCAAGAGGAAGAAAAGUACAGACAGUGCUUAGAGGUGUGUUGAUAUACUUUGAUACAGUAUGUCAUAAAAACCUACCUUACAAGACAACAUGUAACUUCUUCUUAAAUGGACUGUUAUUUGAGAGAGCUUUAAUUUUUGUCAAUUUUUUUUCUUAUUUAUUUUCUUCUGGGCUUUCAGUGUUUGGUCAUAUAAUGGUGUUUUAUUUAUAUGUAUUCAUGAAUUUUAGUUUCAUACAGUCUGCUCCCUGGUAAAAAUUUGCUUUUUUACUUGUAGAUGCUUGGGCAGAACAAACCAAAUAUUUUAAAUCA